UAAUUUUCCCUGAAAACUUUCCGGGUGCUGUAGAUGGCGCAUCAGUCCAGUUGUCAGCAGCAAAGAGAUGGCAUGGAUUCGGGGAGCUUCUAAGCCACUCCUUGAGUGCGUCUCGAGGAUCAAUGAACUGGAAGAUGAAACGUUUCAGCAGAUUUUAACCUUUGUCUAUGACUACAAAGUCUGUCAGACUCUUGUGGAAGUCAGUGUUGAAGAUGCUCUGAAGGAUUUGCAGGAAACAACAAAACUAGAGGAUAAUAUGCUCCUGAUGACAAUCAAAACCAUUUCCCACAUAUUCAAAAGAGCUCUAAAGUUUAUCAUGAAGCCCACACGUCUUCAGGCAGAUCUCACGAAAAUCCUCGGAUUCGAGGAGAAGAAAGCAGAAGCAUUCAUUAAGUAUUGGAUUCGGGAGCAAAAGCAGAUUUUGGAUAAUCUCGAGACGGAAACAGGUGAAACGAAUGAACUGAAGGAUGUCUCGUGGAAUUUGGAAGUUGAUCUUGCCUCAGAAGCUAGAGAAAAGGAAAAGACCCCUGUUGGAUUGAUUGAGCUAAAGACAUCGGCCGGAGAUUCAGUGACAUUCCAUCAAACUCAUGCCCAAUUGUCGAAAUUCUUUGAUCAACUUGAGGAAAUUACCCAGGAGCUGGAUAAUCUUAGGAAAUCUUAGUGUUUAAGCUAUUUAUAAGUUUUAUUUCUAAAUACAGCUAAUAGAUAAGCUAAUAA